AUGUCAUGGAAAGCCAUAAGCAAAGAAGCCCAAGGCGCGGUCCUGGAGUCCAUACCCUCCCGUUGGCGGCUGGAUAUCGAAAAAUACAAGUCGCUGAGGGAUGUGACAAGCGUGCCGUAUACCAGUGGCAUAAUGACCAAAGACCAACUUGAAAUCACCGAACUCACAGCCGGGGAGAUUGUGAAAUGUGAAUCUCGAGAGUGGAAAGCAGUUCAGGUCUUGGAGGCUUUUGCCGCUCGGGCUGCCAUUGCUCAUCAGCUGGUGAAUUGCCUCACUGAUUGGUUUUUUGAAGAUGGUCUCCGGCAGGCGAGAGAGAUUGACGAGGCUCUUGCCAAGGGUGGGAAAUUGAAAGGGCCAUUGCAUGGUGUUCCUGUCGCUCUCAAGGACUCCCAUGAGCUUGGAGGCCAUGCUGCAACAAUGGGCUACGUUGCAAGGAAGAACAAUAUCGCCAAGCGGGACUCUGCUCUUAUAUCAACAUUGCGAGACACUGGUGCAGUCUUUUUCUGCAAAACAACGAUGCCUCAGUCAGGUAUGGCCCUAGAGACAGUCAGUAAUCUCUGGGGCCGCACUGUAAGCCCGUUCAACAGAGACCUGGGUGCCGGCGGUAGCUCGGGAGGAGAUGCAACUUUGGUAGCUCUGAGAGGCAGUCCCAUAGUCCCCUCGACUGAUAUGGGGGGAUCUAUCCGCGUACCGGCUGCCUUCAACGGGCUAUAUGGUAUCCGACCAACUUCGGAUCGCAUACCCAAGGGUGGCAUGCAAAACACUAACACCGGGAAUCUUACGAUAAAACUGUCUUGUGGGCCUGUGUGCCACUCUCUCGACGACCUUGAGUUCUUAACUAGAAUAAUUAAUGCGCACCCGAACAACAAAUACGAUGUGACUUCCGCGCCUGUUCCCUGGAGAAAUCUGGAUUCUCUAGACCGCAAACUCACGAUCGGAAUAUUGAAGUGGGACGGAGCCGUAAUGCCUCAUCCACCAGUAUUACGAGCUCUAGAGCACAGUAAAAUGACACUGGAAAAGGCCGGACAUGAAGUCCUUACAUUCGAGCUACCUUUUGAUGCCUGGGAUGCUAUUUCGGUAUUUAUUAUCUGUCAGGGUCUCACGACACUAAGUCGACUCUGGCAGCUUCUGGAGAGCCUAUCAUACCAGCUUUUGCUGAUCUGCUCAGAGUUUUCAACCCCCGAGAGCACUCUGCUGGAGAAGCUUUACAAGUACGGAACAGUUGAACCUCAAAACGAGGACCUCAAAGAGCAAUUCGCGGAGACAUCGCCUGCAGUGGGCUAUCCUCAUGACUUCAGCAUCUAUCGGGGGUAUACCUCGUUGUUCAAUCUUCUUGACUAUCCUUCUGUCAUCUUACCAAUUCCCAACUUCAAGGUGGAUCCUCAGCUAGACUCCGUGGACGACAGCUACCGACCGUCGGAAAAUAAUCCCUACCACAAACCCGAUCAUGAAUUGUAUGAUCCGGAACUGUUUGCAAACCAACCAUCCACUAUUCAAAUCGUAGGGCGCCCCUUCGAGGACGACGAAACCAUUCGAUUGAAAGUUUUUCUCGAGAAGUGGGAUAACGUCGCGGAGAAAGAGGCCCAACCUGACGGCUAUGCAAAUGUGGAAGGUCGCAUAUGGCUCAAUUCCUUGGUCCUUGAUAUCAUUAGCGAUCUGGCCUUUAUUGCCCCGUUUGGUGUCCUUGAAGGGGCUUCCGAAGUCAUUAUGAUCCGCACGAGUGAUGACAGGACCAUGUCUCUCCCCGUCAUUACGAGUCUCACCACGAGGAGUGAAAUUGCAGCGACUGUAGCGGUACUCCCCGAGCUGCAACCGUAUCUGAAAUGGAUUCCAGAUCCUUUCUUCCACGGGGGCAUUACUGGAAUGAACAACUUGCGCAGCCUAAGGACUGUCCGCAUCUUGGAUCGCCUCAAUAAUCCACUGAGGGAGGAGCUCACCGCUGAAACUUUGACUGUGUUUAUAGCGGGAACCGACACGCCAAGUAGCACAUUUGCCGCGUUGAUGUAUGACGUUAUAGCUGGUGUCCUUCGAAAGCUCCGAGCAGCGCUCAACUCGGCCCUUCCAGCAGACAAUGAGGUGCCCUUGUAUGAUAAGGUCAGACACUUGUCCUAUCUGUGA